GAAUGCUAUCCCUUUGGUUCGCUCAGAUCUGCAGGAAGGUGCUUUAGACCUCCUCAGUGAAAGGCUGUAAAACACCCCAUGCUUUAGCUGGUUGCUUUUAACCCAGACUCAUUUCUUUACUCUCAUUUAUGCUGUGAUACAACUGCUCCCAUAGCCCAGAUGAUGAGAAAAUAUGAAUCAGGGAUGGGAGCGAGGGCAGGGACUUCCCAGCUUCACUGCUGGGGAAACACAGAGCUGUGUGGUCUGCUGUUGCUGUGCGGCAGGUCCCCUUUGGUGGCCUGGGGACUCUGUCAGGGCGGAAGAGUCUAUAUCCUUCAACAGCGAUGGGGACUCCACGCUCUGGACCUUUUGCCCCUUGCGUGGCCCCUGCACAUUCUGGUCAGCCCUGGAUGAGCACUGAGCCAGCCCUUUAUUUUAGAUGUCCCCAGUGCACUCUCUCCAUGGCAAAGAUGCAGCCCUGGAUUUUUUGUGCCUAACCACGCUGGAGUCCCUCACCUCGUGCUCCGAUGCCCUGAGAGUGGUGAGAAAGUCCCCUGUGAACUUGAACGCAUGAGCCUUCAGUCCCCAGCCCAGCCCGUGUGUGCGUGGAGGGAAGCAUUUGCUGCAGCGCAGGGCGAGGCAGCAGCUGGAUUCCAGCUCUCCCGUGGCUUGGUCUAGUGCCCUGCUGCCCAUAAGGUCUGCCUCCCUCCCUCCCCACAACCUUGGGAACAGGAGCACGCACUGGAGCUGCUCUGUUCUUGCAGGGCAGCCCUCUGUUUAGUUAAAAGGUAUUUCGGGGAGCUAUGCAGUUCUCAUGCCUUCUCUGUUCAGCGUGGAGUUCAGCACUGCAGCCAUUGAAUUGAAAUUACUAGCCCCAGCGCAAAAGCUGGGCAUAAAUGUAAUCCUGGGAUGCAAGGUGGAAUUUGCUGAUGCAUCCCCACUGUGGGUGGUUUCUCACUGGUAUCUUUUUUUGACCUGAGUGGCCAAGCAAAAGCUUGGUGUCUUGGUUAGGAGAGAAAUUGUUUGUCAUCCUGUGCUUCUCGUUUUGCACCCAAAACUUGGUUCUGCAGGACGAUCCUGGAGCUGAGAGGGAGCAGCAAUGCUUAACUGAGUGGCAAAGCAGCAUGCCGGGCUGUUGGUCCCUGUGCUGCCAGCAUUUCUGUGGUGGCCGAGCUGUCUCUGAGUUGUCUUGUCCUCAUGGACUUCUCGUGGCCAGGAGGACCCUCUGCUCUUCAGCUUGAACUUGCGGGUGGCCUCAGGUGCUGCUUUGUCUCCAUGUGUGACUGCACUUGAGGCCACUUGUUUCCUGGAGCUGAUGUAGGUGAGGGUUGUUUCCAUGCUGUUGAAACAAGAGUUUGUACCUAGCUACCAGCGUGUAAGAGCAGCUUUAGGCACUCUCAGUCAGUUGGUUUCAGAUCAAUGUGCUUGAUCUUGUUGAAAGCUUUUUUGAAGGGGUACAAACCCUUAUUUUGAAAUGUAUAUUGGUUUUAAAACCUGUUUAUUUUGUGGUGUUAACUCGCUUGUUCAAGCUUUAAUCAAAAGCCCCAGAGCUGCAAGUGAGAAACUUGGUGUGAACUCAAGUCUCAUUUAGAAACAGACGUUAUCCUUUCUAAUCAUAAAGAACAGAAAUUGCACCCUGCAAUGACAUAGAGAACAAUAGCAAAUCACAGUUGUCUGACACCCUGACACCCCCCCCCCCCCCCCUUUGUGACUUUGGGCUGCGCGAGGCUGACAGCACAUUAUCAGGUCAGCUUGCAGCUCAUACAUUUGCAAGCUCUUGUUAUUUUAAGCAUGUCACCACAGCUGCGUUUAAAAUAAGCUCCCCAGCCAAACUCACGUGACGGAGGGAUGAUGUGCACAUAGGGCUCUUACGGUCUCGUCCUUUCCUGUUAGAAACAGGUCUGUGAGGAGCUCCCACGCUGCUGUUAGAGGAGCACAUGCCGCAGGGAGGCUCAGGCUGGAAGAAGGGACUUCCAGUGACGCUUAGUGGGGUGCGCACGCGCUGGGGUGCGUGGUGGCCCCUGCGCGAUUGUGAUGUGACAUUUUUAAAGGCUGUGGCAGCACUCCAGCUGACGUCCUGAAGCUUGCGAGCAGGCUGUGCAGUAAUAAAAGGUGCUAGCGAAAUAAUUGUAAGCGAGUGCAGCUGUACGGUCACUCCAACAGUGACAACUUUGGCCUCUAUAUUAUGUGUCAAUAAGUCCAAGCCAAAAUCCAUUAAUUACUAGUAAUGAUGUUUGGGUUUGACUUCCAGCCCAGCCAGUUUGCCCUGGGCUUUUCCCAGUUCAUGUUUGUACAAUAAAAUUUCCAAGCAUAGUUUUAUUGCUGUUGUGAGCGGCAGAACAGACUCCUGCUCCUUUGCUGUAGGGUUGGGUUGGCAGAACUAGGGAUUGCCUCAAGCUGUCACCUUCCUUCACCCCAAAACUUUGGCUGAGUUAAAUGUAAAGGGGAAACUUCCCUGACUGCUAACCAGUGGGGAUUUACCUUGGGACAGGUGAUGUGUUUCCUGUCCAGAGCCAGGGGGACAUGGCAGCUGCUGCCCUGUUGUGCCCACAGCCUGGCAUGUGAAAGUGCCUCUGUCUCCACUGGUUCUGGAUGCUCAGCAGCUGCUUUGCAGCUGGAGCUGGUUUGCAGGCAGACAUCAGAGGUGGCUGUGCUGGCACGCAGGAGGUGGGACGGGAGUGUGGACGGGGGCAAGGACAGGCAGCAUAAGCUGGUGCUGCCAGUCUGGAUGCAUCCUGACCUGCCCCUUGCGGGGUCAUGUUCUUUCUUUCAUCGUUCCUGCCCCUAUCUCUGAGCUCCUGUGUCUCCACAGGGAAACAGUAGUGGUUACUAGCUGUCGGCCAGCACAGCCCUUGCCUGGAACCUGUACGAAAGGCCCUGCUGCUUCCUUCUGCAGCCACUGCUUCCAGUGCAUCCCGGCCCCAUGCCAGCCCAGCCGCUUCUGCGGCUCUGUGGCAAAACUGCUCCACAGAGGGCUAAGCUCAGCAUGUUCUCCCUCUGCCACUGCGGGGCUGGGGACCAGCCCUGGCUGAGCAGGCAGUGGUGGCUAAGGCUGUGCCAUGGCCAGACCUUCACCCUGGCAGUUGCAGCUGCUGGCGGUACACCUGUGCCUGUGCUGGUUGCAUCUGUGCCACCAUUGUCACUUACUCCAGAGCAGGGUCACAGAGGACUUCUGCUGGCAUACUCACGCCUGUAUCUCAGCCGGCUGUAGGAUUCACAUCCCUUGUUAGAUCUUCAUUAGGCCAAAUCACUUUUAUUUUUAUAGCAGGAUGAUCCACUGAUAGCUGUAAAGCCGGGUGGAGAGGAAGCACAGGUGGCUUUCACUGCAGGCUGGUUUUGCAAGGUCACUCACAGCUGGUUGAGAGCGCAGGCGGUGGCCAAGCUGGCAGCAUGCGUGUGGUGAUGCUGCAGUGACAGUCCCCUCUAGGGAGGGACAUCGGGGACACUUUCAUUCACCUUCUUGUAUUUUUAUUUUGCUUUUUCACAUCUACAUUUGCUGGUGUGCUAGGAUCACUUUGUGGUUUGAGCGUGCUUGCAACCUGGGUGCAUCUGGGGGCAUGGCAUGCGGAAGCGGAGCUUCGCUCACUUGUUUACUGGGGGAAACUUGAGCUGGGCAGGUGGUGGCAUCUGAGUCACAGCCUCUUCGCUCUGUGCUAAUCGCUGUGAAUGUCACAACACGGCCGGGUUUGCUGCUGGGCGCGGAUUGGGUAGCAAUCGGAUAGUGCGGUACAGCUCAGUUGUGUACGGCAUGUGGGAUUCCCUUCCCUGGGGCUCAGAGACCCUCUGGGCUGCAGCUCGCAGAGGGAUGCAGCCGUCCAUCCUUGUCGGGGGUGCUCAGCGUGACUGUACAAGCGCUAAUGAGCAGUGCAGUCGUGGGCAUGGAGCGGACCUGACCCCUUCCAUACUUCCUUGCAGAGCUUGGCAGGGCAGCAGCUCUCCUUGAGGACGUAUAGCUCCUAUGAGAUCCUGCAUGCGAUGUUCCCACCUCGUACAGACUCCAGCUGGGGCCUGAUUCACAGGCUGAGAAGGUCUGGUGGGUGUAGGUCUGUGCAGGGUGUAGGUCUGUCUGACCCAGCCCUGCGGUGCAUGUGAGCUGCUGUCAUGGUGCUAGAGAGCAACCCUGGGGUCUCCUAGCUACACUUUAACUGCUGCAGCCAAGGCUUGAUUUUCAGGUGAGAAAGGAGCGUGUAUGUGUAUUGCAAGAAAACUAAGAAGGUGAUGGCUGAUGCUCUGCGUAACCUUCUUAAACAUGCAAGCUUGUGAGAGCUGGAAGGUAGAAGAGUGAGCCAGCCAGCCAGCCUGCUUGGGAUACAAAUUCCUAUUGCGGCUGUACCCAGGGCCCUCCAGGCAUGUGUUAAAGCAAGACAAAUACCUGGCACAUGGUUUGUUUUCACUUUCCCUUCUCCCCAGGCAGGAGGAUCUUACAGGCAUGGUGCAAUAGUUCACUUUAGGAGGAUUCAGGACACCUACGUCUGCAGCUCUGUGGUAUGCCAGUUGCUCCUUGCAAGAGACUUUUCUGUAGCACUGCAACGGGGAGAAAAGUGUGUGCAUGGUACUGCCAGUCUCUGUUGGAAACUGAGGUGUUGAUGUUAGAACAGCCCUGCGUUUGCUCCUUGCUGCCUUCUCAGUCCUGAGCUCUUUAGGAUGUCCUCAGCCCUCACGGACCUUUUCCAAGGGGUUACAAAAGUGAGAAAUGUGUUCCUUUUAAAAGCAAGGCCUGAGGUUCUCACCUAGUUGUGUGACCUUGGGAGCUGAAGCUUUAAGGAGUGGAGAGAAGAAAAAGAAGCAGAUGUUUUGGGGCUUGCGGUGGAGUCAGGAGAGCUGGUUGUGGAGCACACGGUGCAAUUUGGAGACGCAGACCCAUGGGAGUGGGCUCUGGCUGCUGUGCUGGGUCCAAGGCAGGCAGGCCAGCAAAGAUGCUGCUGUAGAUGACUGACUCGCUCGUGCCUCAUGCUAUGGCUCUACAUGGCCUCUGCAGGACUAGAACGUGCUAGUCUGGGCCCCAAACAGGAGAAUAGCAUCAGACUCGAGUCAGGCGCCCUUCCGGCAGGGCGAGUUCAGCUGCGCCGUGCCUGGCACCUCGCUCAGCAGCAGGCGAAACCCGUCUGGAAUUUAGAGAAGUAUGUGAAUGCUUUCCAGGAUCGCAGCCUGCUGCCCUCAGGGAUACCUCUGCAGCAAUCCUGCUUCUUGUGUCCACCGUCACUAUGCCACACACACACUGGUGAAGACACCCUCCCGAGCCUGCCCUUGGCCCAGCCCUGCCUGGACCUGAGUGGGAGCGUUCUGCUCUACCGACGCUCCUGCCUCAGACCCAAGCCCUACGGGUUUCCUUUCCGAAGCCCUUCGGACACUGGCUCUGCCACGGGAAGGGUGAUGUCUUCCUUGCUGAUGGAGCCCUGCCUGCUGCCAGCGCUGGCAGAGGAGCAUUCUGGGACUGGGGUCAAAGGCUCUGCCCUCAGCUCAGCUCGGCAGGCUUCCAGCUCCUAUAGACCAGUGCUCAAUAACAACUCCUUCCUACGGCCGAGCAGUGCUAAAGUGCCUUUGCUGCAGUCACCGGAGAUCAAGAAGGUAAAAAACACCCACAGCUUCCCUACCACCUCAUGGCCCCACUCGAGGGACAGUGGAGACAGCUCCUCUGGCAGCCUGGUCAAUGGAGCAGUGAAAAGCAAUGACCUUGUGUUGGAGCAAACCGUGGUCCCCUCCCUGACUCUUGUGCCCAGCAAUGCAAUUCUCAGGAAGGACCAGUGCUCACAGGAGGAUGCUGAGAGGAGAGCGCACAGCUUGAAAGAGAAGGAGCCGGAGAUCAGCCUCACAGAGGCUGUGCAGCAGCUAGCCGGACAGACUGCCACACACAACGGCUUUGGACGCGAAGUCAAAAGCUCUAGCCUUACGAACAUGGGCAGCCUGUCCAACUGGAACAGCAGGUGGGGGCAGCACAUCAUAGCGCAGCUCACGCCAAAAGAAACCAUUGCUCCUCUGAACUUGGAGCUGGGUAGCCAUCGCCUUAAUGGUAACUCGAGCCUUAUAGGCACCGAUGGUGCCAUCGUCUGCACUAAGCGUAUCAGCGUCCAUCUCUUGGCCUCACGUGCUGGCUCUCCCGACCGCAACGCCGACUGCCGACUUGUGAGCAUGCUGAGCCCAUGCAGCGGGGACCGGGUGGCAAGAGCAGAGGCUCCACACCUCGCUGACAUCUCUGAAGUGGCAACUCAGAUGUCCACCAUCCAACUGGAGAAAGAGGAGAAAUGGGCCCAGGCUGUGCUCCUGGGAAAGCAUGAUGUCACUGCUGAGCAGUCUCUGCUGGAGCCGAGCCAUCCCCAGGAUGAAGCGGAGGAAGAACUUCCUGACGGCCUGGAUGAGAGCUGCAGUCGGGAGGAGGAUGAGGACAGUGACUCGGAUGCUUCCUCUGUUGCUGGCGUGUCAUUCAGUGGCUCUGUGGCUCUUGUAUCCAGGAACUGCAUUGAGGGCCUGGACCAGCCUGCUGAGGCUCAGGAGAAAGUGCUCAAACCAGCUCUUGUCUGCAGUUUAUUCCCUAAUGUGCCUCCAACCAUCUACUUCAGUACUCGGGAUGAGAGAGUGGAAAAGCUGCCUUGGGAGCAGAGGAAGCUGCUGCGAUGGAAAAUGUGCACAGUCACGCCAAACAUAGUGAAGCAAACCGUUGGCAGGUCCCACUUCAGAGUCAGCAAAAAAAGCAAUGACUGGCUGGGUUGCUGGGGCCACCACAUGAAAUCUCCCAGCUUCAGAGCUAUCAGGGAGCACCAGAAGCUAAACCACUUCCCCGGUUCAUUUCAAAUUGGGAGAAAGGACCGUCUGUGGCGCAACCUGUUGAAGAUGCAGGCUCGCUGUGGGAAGAAGGAGUUUAACUUCUUCCCCCAGUCCUUCAUCCUGCCCCAGGACAUCAAAUUACUCAGGAAAGCAUGGGAGGAAGGAGCUAGCCACCAGAAAUGGAUUGUGAAACCACCAGCAUCAGCAAGAGGCAUUGGUAUCCAGGUCAUCCACAAAUGGAGCCAGCUCCCCAAAAGGAGACCGCUGCUGGUACAGAGAUAUCUGCACAAACCCUACCUCAUUGGCGGGAAGAAGUUUGACCUGAGGAUCUACGUUUACGUCACUUGCUACGACCCCCUCAGGGUCUACCUGUUCAAGGAUGGAUUGGUUCGCUUUGCUAGCUGCAAGUACUCCUCCUCAAUGAAGAGCCUCAGCAACAAGUUCGUGCACUUGACCAACUACAGCGUGAACAAGAAGAACACGGAGUACAAGUCCAACUUGGAUGAGACUGCUUGUCAGGGACACAAAUGGGCACUCAAAGCUCUCUGGAGUUACCUGACCCAGAAGGGAGUUAAUAGCGAGGCCAUCUGGGAGAAGAUUAAGGACAUCGUUAUCAAAACCAUCAUUGCAUCUGAGCCCUACGUGAACAGCCUGGUGAAGAUGUACGUGCGGCGGCCGUACUGUUGCCAUGAGCUGUUUGGGUUUGAUAUCAUGCUGGAUGAAAACCUCAAGCCCUGGAUCUUAGAGGUCAACAUUUCCCCAAGCCUCCACUCCAACUCCCCACUGGACGUGAGCAUCAAGGGCCAGAUGAUCCGGGACCUCCUCAACCUCGCUGGCUUUGUUCUGCCCAGCACGGACAGCAUGGUCUCAAGGCCGCAGACAAGAAGUGGCUCUACCUGCAGUCUGGGCAGUGCUUUGAAGGAGAAGCCCAAGGCAGCACCUGAGCAUUUCAUAGCAGAGAAGAUGAAGAAGGCCUAUUACUUGACGCAGAAGAUACCUGACCAGGAUUUUUAUUCUUCUGUCUUGGACAUCCUGACCCCAGAUGAUGUUCGCAUCCUGGUGGAGACAGAGGAUGAGUAUUCCCGGCGUGGGCAGUUCGAGCGGGUGUUCCCUACCCACAUCUCCAUGCGGUACCUGCGCUUCUUCGAGCAGCCUCGUUACUUCAACAUCCUGGUGACCCAGUGGGAGCUCAAAUACUACCUGAAUAAACACAAAGGUCUGGAGCUACUGAAGAACUGGUGUGUCAAAGGGUACCACACUGGGGCAGGGACUGAUUUGGCUCAGAUGUGGUCGUUGCCAAAGUCUUUCUUCCUCCAGAGGAGCAGCGUUCAAUCAAAUGGCUUCAGCAAACUGGAACUGGGCAGGCUGGGCACACUCCUCCCUUCAGCUGAUGAACACCUCACAAGAUGCCUGGAGCCCAGCCCUACUCAGAGCUUACCUCUCAACAAGUGCACUGGUGGAGCUGACCAGAAACCUGCUGGCUGCCUCUCAGACACUGGCCUGGUGAUAUGACCAGGCAGCUGCUGUCCCUCCCUGGGGACAACCCAACCUACCUCAAAGGAAGAGACAGGAGCUGGCUCGGAGAGCAAGGACUGUGGGAGCCCUCUGUGCUGCACACUUGUGGGGCUGUUUUUAGAGAGGGAUGUUUUACUGGGCAAAGAGGAGAGCUGUUUGACUUCCAUUUUUAAAACAGAUGGCAAAGCCUGAGGAAGUGGGGUUUGUCUGGCCUUUGUCCUAAGCUGCUCUUAAAGCCUGAUGUGGUGGUGGCGGUUUCUUUGCUGCGUGGGAGCUGGCUGAGCUUGGAGACAGCCUAGGCUUCCCAUCCCCAACCAGCACAGGCUCAGCCCUUGCUUGCCUGUGUCUCUGUGCGCUUGUCCUGAGCCGCUGGGAGCCAAGUCUGCUUCUGCCCUGCUGGAGCCUGGCCCCUGGAGAAAAGUCCCCAGCCACCACCCUGCUCCUCUGGAAGGAGGAGGGCGUGGGACUUUCAACUGACCCAUUUCAUCCUUUCUGAACACCUGUGCCAACAUCCUGCCCUCCCCCAGCCUCAGGGCCUGGGGGAAACUUUGGGCUUGCACAUCGCUGCUUGAGAGAGACCACGGGUACCAGCGUAGCUCUGAUUUGUUGUGGGGACAGUAGGGCUACCAGGGAGGGAGCAUCUACUCUGGGCUGUCGGCUCUCCCAAGUGACCUGCAGCAUGUGUGUGGGGACUGCAGGCUGGUGCUCUUCUCCUGGGCUCUGCUCUCUAUUUUCUCAUCAUUUCUCAAGGAUUUCUAUUAAAGUUUAGCACUCA